AUGUUUGUUGCCGAGCUCAUCCAGAGCCUUUCUCACGGAGCAACUCAUCAACCCAUCGAAUACCUUUUCAAAGGAACCGUGUUAGCUGUCUUUUUUUAUUUCGUUGUGAAUGAAGUAGUCCGGUUUAAGGCUCGUUUGCCGGCUUGGAACGGCCCAAAAGGACUUCCUGUCAUCGGAAAUUUACACCAACUUGGUGGGAAUGCCUCUCAGAAGUACCGGGAAUGGGCUCGAGAGUUUGGUCCGGUCUAUCAGGUUCAGCUAGGCAACCUACCGGUUUUGGUUGUCAAUACCGCUGCUGCUGCGAAGGUCGUGUUCGGAAAUAACUCGCAAGCGACCGCGUCUCGCCCUGAGCUGUACACUUUCCACAAGAUAGUUGCAAAUACUGCAGGUACCACAAUUGGCACAUCUCCGUACAAUGAAUCCCUCAAAAGAAGGAGAAAGGGUGCAGCAUCUGCCCUCAACAGACCCUCCAUUGAGACGUACAUUCCCCACCUGGACUUGGAGACGAGAGACUUCCUCAAAGAUGCUCUCAAUUACGGGAAGGGGGGAACUCUAGCAGUCGACCCUAUGCCUCUCGUCCAAAGACUCAGUCUUUCUCUGGCCGUCACUCUCAACUGGGGCAUGAGAUUUCCAAGUCAUGACGACGGACUGUUCAGGGAAAUCACCACAGUUGAAGGCGAGAUCAGCCGCACCAGGAGCGUUACCGACAAUGUGCAGGAUUACAUUCCCUUAUUGAGGUUGAACCCCUUCUCAGCCGGCAAACGACAUGCAGUGGAGAUGAGAUGUCGGCGAGACAAGUACUUGUCCAAGCUGAACGGUGACCUCGAAGAGAAGAUCCGGAACGGAUCUCAUGAGCCUUGUAUCCAGGCGAAUGUUAUACUCGAUGAAGAUGCGAAACUCAGCAGCGUAGAGUUGACCUCAAUCAGUCUGACGAUGCUCUCCGCCGGAUUUGAGACGUUUACUGCAGUCUCGACGUGGGGAAUUGCGUUCUUGGCCACACACCCUGAGAUCCAGCAGAAAGCAUUUGACGCCAUUCGGACAACCUAUGAUGAGACAAACCCUCUGUGUGAUGCGUAUGACGAUCAGACGAUUCCUUACGUUCGCGCUCUGGUGCGAGAAUGUCUGAGAUACUUCACUGUUCUUCGACUCUCAUUGCCCCGGGCAACUAACAAGGAGUUCACUUACGAGGGGAAGCUUGUUCCUAAGGGCACAGUGGUGUUCCUCAACUCCUGGGCUUGCAAUAUGGAUAACGAGCUGUGGCACGAUGCCGAGGUUUUCCGCCCCGAGCGCUGGCUGGAGAAUCCCGAAGCUCCCAUGUUUACUUAUGGAAUUGGUUACCGCAUGUGCGCCGGAACCAUGCUGGCUAAUCGCGAGCUGUAUAUCACUUUCCUUCGUAUGUUGGCCAGCUUCGAGCUGUCUUCAACUACCAAGAUCGAUACCGACCCCGUCACCGGAGCAGCGGAUUUGACAAACUUGAUCAUCACGCCGGGACACUACAAGAUUACUUUCACACCUCGUAACGAGACGGCGUUGAAGAGGGCGUUGGAGACCGAGGUUAAGCACUAG